UUAUGGCGAUAUAAUGGCGUCUCGUCUCAACGUCUGACUAAGAGUCUAGGAAUAUUCUCAUCGCAAGUGCUAAUGCCAAGGGAUUUAGCCGCGGCAAUGUCGGGUAUGGCAAGAUCCCCCGCUACGACUCAAUUGCUGUCCAAGUCAGCGCUGACGAUACGACAUACGCAAGCAGAGUUUCGUGACCGGUGGCAUAUAAAUGUAAGUCAUCGCGCACCCUUGUAUUUUCGAACGUGCUUUCACUACCAAUAUUCCGCAAACCACCAUGGCCGAGCCCAUUGUCUUCUACGAUAUCCCCAGCAAUGACAGGAUUAACUGCACUGCAUGGUCCCCGAACACGUGGAAGAUUCGGUUCAUACGGCCCGCUACCAUCUAUGGCAAGCUGAAGCUGCUGACUUCGUUUCGUAUAGAUAUGCCUUGAACUUGAAGGGCCUGGAGUAUAAGACCGAGUGGGUUGAAUACCCUGACAUCGAGGGUGUGCUCAAGAAGCUCGGCGCGCCACCGACAGGCAAGAAAUCAGAUGGACGAGACCACUACACGUUACCGGUAAUCUACGAUCCGACCACGAAGAGGGUUGUCGAAGACAGCGCGAAGAUUGCCAAGUACCUCGACGAGACGUACCCGGACGGGCUGAAGCUAUUCCCCGCAGGUACUGACGCGUUCCAGGCGGCGUUCCACGACUUCAUCUGGGAGCAUGUCGGACACCCACUCCUCAUGCUUGCUGCUGUCGACACGACGAGCAGCCUGCUUCCACGCAGCCAGAUAUAUUUUCGCUCAUCGCGUGAGGAGGUUUAUGGGAAGAGGCUGGAGGAGCUUGGCACGGAAGAAGAGUGGCAGAAAUUUGAGGCUGGCCUAGAGAAGCUUAGAGGGUACCUCGAAGGGAAUAGAGAGGGGAACGGCUUGCUGCUCAUGGGCGCACGCAGUGGAAUCACAUACUCGGAUAUCCAGUUUGCUGGGAUGCUCGUCUGGGCUAAGGUCGUUUGGGGCGAGGAGUCGCAGAAUUGGAAGAGGUUGGUGGGGCUUCAUGGCGGGAAGUGGGAUAUGUUCUAUGCGCAGUUUUCCAAGUUCGAGCAGGUUGACAUCUGAAUCGGUCCUCAAGCUCAAGCUUUAUAAUCCGCGCAUACAGCAGGGUUCGUAGAUUGCAAUUAUACGAUAUGCCAGGUUUGUGCAGCUGUUCUGCACGCAGGACUACAUCCCUCAGUUCCAGGUAAAAGUUC